CAAGCCACAGAUCGUUCACACUCCUCAGACUCUCCUUUGACUGCCGAGAUUCGCUGAACGUCGAUCUUCUUCAUCUUCCUUUGAUGGGCAGAGGUCUCGUGCGAUUUCUGGCGCUGCUACUUGCUGUGUCAAUAUGUGGCGCUGCUUCGGUUUUUCGACCGAUCUCGGACUCUCACCGGUCCGCGGCUCUCGAGGUCUUCGCACCGAUCGAGGGAUCCUAUGGAAGCUUGGAGGAGGCGUAUGAAGCACUAAGGACGCUAGAGGUUCUUGGAAUUGAUAGAAAGUCAGAUGCAAGCUCAGAAACUUGUGGGAAUGUCCUUAAGGUUCUUGGGUCAUCUUCUUCGGCUCUAAAGGAUGCAUUCUAUGCUCUAAAAGUUAAUGGUAUUCAGAAUUGUAAAGCUAGUGAAGAUGUUCUUAAGGGCAUUGCUUCUCGGCUUCAAGCUGGUGCUAAAGACGCCAAUUCCUUGUUGGAUUUCUAUUAUUCUGUCAGAGGCAUGGUGCUUGUUAAGGAGCAAAUUUCUGGAACAGAUUUAAGUCUUGGUGAUGCCGAAGGGAUUUUCCGUUCCAUCAAGGCUCUUAGCCAGAGUGAUGGAAGAUGGCGUUACAGCUCCAACAAUCCAGAGUCGAGCACUCUUGCCGCUGGCUUAGCCUUCGAGACACUUGCUGGAGUGAUUUCAUUAGCACCUUCAGAGAUUGAUCCAUCAUUGAUUCAGAUGUUGAAGAAGGAUAUCUUGAAGCUUUUUGACAGUAUUGAAAAAUAUGAUGAUGGGGCAUUGUACUUCGACGAGAAGUUUAUUGAGGCACAAGAAAAUCAAGGCCCACUUUCAACUACUGCAUCAGUUGUUAGAGGGCUCGCAGCAUUUGCAGCGACUACAUCUGCAAAGUUGGAUCUUCCAGGAGAUAAGGUCAUAGGAUUGGCCAAAUUCUUCCUUGGUGUUGGAAUUCCUGGUGAUGCCAAAGACUUCUUCAACCAAGUAGAUGCACUAGCUUGCUUGGAAGACAACAGGUUCUCUGUUCCACUCAUCUUAUCACUCCCAUCUACUGUCAUUUCAUUGACAAAAAAAGAACCUCUGAAGGUUAAAGUAAGCACUGUGCUUGGUUCUAAGGCCCCAGCUCAUCGAGUGAAGCUUGUUCAAGCUCUCAGUUCUGGAUCAAAGGAUGCUUCUGUAACUGAAAGCCAGGAGCUUAAGUUUGAUGCUGACAGUGAAACACACUUCUGGGACUCUUUUCCCCAGAACUUUGAUGUUGGAAAAUAUACUUUUACAUUUGAGGUUGCACUGCAAGAUUCUGAGCAUGAAAAAGCUUAUGUAACUGAAUCUCAAAUGAAAGUUCCAGUACUCGUCACGGGGCUGAUUAGCAUUGAUAACGCCAAAAUUGCUGUACUUGAUAAUGACGCGGGGAGUGUUGAAUCACAAAAACAGCUAGAUUUAUCUAAAGACAGAGUUGUAUCCCUGUCAGCAAACCACCUGCAAAAGCUACGUCUGUCCUUCCAGUUAACAAGUUCUCUAGGACGUGUGUUUAAGCCUCAUCAGGCAUUUCUCAAGCUGAAACACGAGACACAGGUCGAGCAUGUCUUUCUUGUGGCAAAUUCCGGGAAGAAGUUUGAAAUAGUUCUAGAUUUUCUCGGAUUGGUUGAAAAGCUCUAUUAUCUCUCUGGUAAAUAUGAUAUCCAGCUAACUAUUGGGGAUGCCGCUAUGGAGAAUUCUUUAUUGCGGAACAUUGGCCAUAUUGAGCUAGACCUACCAGAACGUCCAGAGAAGGCACCUAGCCCUCCUCUACAACCUGUCGACCAUGUCCUAAGAUAUGGGCCAAAAGCAGAGAUCACACACAUCUUCCGGGCUCCUGAAAAGCGUCCACAAAAUGAACUUUCACUCACUUUCUUGGGUCUGACUGUGUUUCCGUUUAUCGGUUUCCUCAUUGGGCUAAUGCGAUUGGGGGUGAAUCUGAAGAGCUUCCCUUCAUCGGCUGGACCUGCCACUUUUGCCCUGCUCUUCCACUCUGCCAUUGGAGCCGUUCUACUUCUCUAUGCACUCUUCUGGUUGAAGUUGGAUCUGUUUACAACCCUGAAGGUUCUUGCAUUCUUGGGAGCAUUUCUGUUAGUCACCGGACACAGGACACUCUCAUACCUUGCCUCAGCAUCAAACAAAUUGAAAUCUGCCUGAGUAAUUCUAGUAGAACAGGUUUGUCUUGUUUCCAUGGA